GACCCAGGGGUCCAGGCGCUCUUCAUGGGCAUAGACGGCCUGUGCAGGAAGUACUCCAAGGAGACCUCCCAGAUUUCAGAAUUUCAAGAAAAACACAGAAAGAGGCUGUUAGCCUUCUACAGAGAAAAGAUCGCCAGGCUGGAGGAGUCCCUCAGGAAGGCGAUGCUGCGGGUGGAGCAGCUGCAAAGUAUGAGACCGUCCCAACACACAGCCUUCAGCGUGCUAAGAAGUCCAGUUUCAACUCCUUCAGCAGAGCCCCGAGGACAGCUGCUCCGGCCUCCCGGCUCCUCCGCCUCCUCCGAGAGAGUGGAGCCCAUGGAGGUCGACCUCACGCCCUCCCCCCUGAGAAGGCCUGAGCCAGCCGGCCCCACCAGAGUCUCCCUGAUCAGUCCUCCCCAGGACGGACGCAUGGGCAGCGUCUCCCGCCUAGGCCCUCAGCAGCUCAGCCUGACGCCAGGUCGCACCAGCGGGUUCCAGACACUCAGGAUCCCACCUGUGCUGAUGCCCAGCCUGGGGGCAUCCCAAAACCUCGGCCUCCAGGCGGCUGGCCGAGCGGGAGGAGGGGGCUCGGCCCCGGCAGCCAGGCCGCCCAUCAGCAUCUCCGGGCUCCUGCAGAGGCAGCAGUCAGGGUCUGCCAGCCUUGGGGGCUUCCCGCCCAGGAGGUGACAUCCUGCCGUGCCCACUGCACUCCAGCCACCCUCCCCGCGCUCACCACACGCUCACGUGAGGCAGUGGUGGCUUGUCCAUUUCUCCUCAGUGCAGCGCUCCAGCAAUGCCAUCAAA